GCGGCGGACAUCGGAGAUGAGCUGAGGAGAUCUGGACAGGUGAAAAUAAAAUCCCAACGGAGUGGUUGAGUUGUGUCAUUUUUGGCAGCCAUGGAGUUGGAUAAGCCAUCAGUUUGGGGGUCUCUGAAACAAAAGACUCGUCCUAUAUUUCAGAAUUUAUCAGUCAUGCGUACCAAGAGAAGCUCACGUAAAAUCUUAGGCAUCCAGAAAAGGCACCUUCUUACUGAUCGGAUGAGCGUCUCUGUGCCUGAUAUGAUGGAUAUUGGAUGUACCAUUGAAGAAGAGAUGGAUUAUACAGAUUGCACCAUUGAAUCUACCUCAAUUUCAAACAGCCAUUCAUCUCCAGUAAUGUCACACAGCCGACAGAGGGAGUACAUUAGACAUUCUAAAGAAAGGAGUAGCUGGGUUCACGAAAACAGGGUCCAUUUGGAAAUUACAGUUACAGAGGCUGAUGAUCCUAAAUGUUCAGAUUCAGAAACCAAAGAGGAGGAGCUGAAGGAUUAUGACAAAUAUGAAGAUAAGAGUAUCUUGGAUUUGCUGCACAAGGAAGUCAUGUCUGACAACUUGAGUGAUCGGAAAUCAGAGGAUGGCUCAGGAAACAUUGACUUGAACUCUUCAAUAUCAUCACAACAUUCGGAAGAGUUUAAUGGCCUUGAAAGCUACGACAGCCUGAGUCUUUCAAGCCUAAUAUCAUAUCUUCUGACCAUCCAUCUGAGAGAGGGCAGACAUCUUGUCAUCAGGGAUCGCUCAGGUACCAGUGAUCCUUAUGUGAAGUUCAAGCUAAACAAGAAGACCUUGUAUAAAAGCAAAGUUGUCUAUAAGAACCUGAAUCCUGUGUGGGAUGAAGUUUUCGUAUUGCCUAUCCAGAAUCUUGAUCAAAAGCUGCAGAUUAAGGUUUAUGAUCGAGAUUUCACAACUGAUGACUUUAUGGGAUCUGCUUUCCUAGAUCUCCAAGAGCUUGAACUAAACAAAACUGCUGAAAAAGUGUUCCGGCUCGAAGAUCCCAAUAGCCUCGAGGAAGACAUGGGAGUGGUUGUGGCAGAUGUCAGUCUGUCCAUCAGGAUAAGAGAUGCAAAAAAUAAUCAGAGGUGGUCAUCACGAAGAAGACUGGGUGCUUCCAAGGCAACCUCUAUGCAGUCCCUGCAGUUGUCAGAGUCCCUGAGAAAGAACCAACUCUGGAAUGGAACAGUUAGCAUUACUUUAUUGGAAGGAAUUAACCUGCCUGAUGGAAGCACCGAUUCUUUUGUAAGGUUCAGGCUCGGAGAUCAGAAGUACAGAAGCAAGACCCUGUGUAAGAGUGGAAAUCCUCAGUGGAGGGAACGCUUUGAUUUUCACUACUUCUCUGACAGGAUGGGAAUUUUGGAGAUUGAAGUGUGGGGACAAGAUAGCCGCAAACAUGAGGAGCUGCUGGGCUUGUGUAAAGUGGAUAUUGCUGCAUUGCCCAGUGAGCAAAUCAAUCGCCUGGAAGUGCCCCUGGAGCAGAACCAGGGCUCUAUACACAUGAUGUUAACUCUUACACCCUGCUCAGGAGUCUCAAUUUCUGACCUUUGUGUUUGUCCGCUGGCGGACCCAGGAGAAAGGGAGCAGAUUAUGGAAAAAUAUUGCUUGAAAAACUCAUUACAGAACUUGAAAGAUAUUGGUUUCCUGCAAGUUAAAGUACUUAAAGCAGAGGAUCUCCUAGCUGCAGACUUUUCAGGUAAAAGUGAUCCAUUCUGUGUCCUGGAACUGGGAAAUGAUCGACUUCAGACGCACACGGUCUACAAAAAUCUCAACCCUGAAUGGAAUAAAGUGUAUACGUUUCCUAUCAAGGAUCUUCAUGACACACUAGAGGUGACAGUUUUUGAUGAAGAUGGAGAUAAAGUUCCUGAUUUUCUUGGGAAAGUUGUGAUCCCUUUACUCUCUGUUAAGGAUGGACAACAGAUUGCUUACAUGUUAAAAAACAAAGACUUAUCCACUGCCUCCAAAGGAGCGAUCUAUUUAGAAAUCGAUCUGAUAUUUAAUCCAGUCAGAGCGGGUAUUAGGACAUUUAACCCAAAAGAGAAGCGCUUUUUGGAAGAAAACACCAAGUUAUCAAAAAAGAUCUUAUCGAGGAAUGUUUACCGUGUCAAAAAGAUCACUAUGGCAAUCUGGAACACAAUGCGUUUCAUAAAGAGCUGCUUUCAGUGGGAGUCUACAAAAAGAAGUGUAAUAGCGUUCUUGCUAUUUGUGCUAACACUAUGGAAUCUGGAGCUUUACAUGAUACCUCUGUUUCUGCUGCUUCUUUUUGCUUACAACUUUACCAUGAUCACAACGGGGAAGGUCAGCGCCCAGAACAAUCUGGAUGGAAUGGAUAUUGGUGAAGACGAUGAAGAAGAUGAAAAAGAGUCUGAGAGAAAGAGCAUCAGGGACAGAAUUCAGAUGGUACAAGACGUUGUCAUCACAGUUCAGAAUAUUUUAGAAGAGAUUGCGUGCUUUGGAGAGCGAAUCAAGAACACAUUCAACUGGAGUGUUCCAUUCCUGUCACUUCUUGCGUGCUUCAUACUUCUUGUUGCAACAACUAUUUUGUAUUUCAUACCUUUAAGGUACAUCAUUCUGAUAUGGGGCAUCAAUAAAUUUACAAAGAAGCUUCGGAACCCAUAUGCCAUUGAAAAUAAUGAGUUUUUGGAUUUUCUCUCCAGGGUACCAUCUGAUGUUCAAAAGGUGCAGUAUGCUGAAUUAAAACCAUGCAGCAACCAAGGUGCCCUUAGGAAGAAGCGAAGUGGCUUGUAACCGAGUCCAUUAUCUGAGAUCUCAAGAUAACAUCAUGCACUAACUCAUCACAGCCAGAACUGUGCUCAAUCUAGGGGUGCUGGUUACCCCCAAAUGUUUUUUGUUCAUAUUUCUCACUAACCAACUAGGCUUUCUGACUGGCUUCAGAGAAGUCUACUUUAUAUACCAAUGAUUUGCCAGCGUGGAUCAGGAAUGAAGAUCUAAAAUUAGAAGAAAGAAAAUGUAACAAUGUUAUGUCUUUUUAUGAAUGUUUUGGUAAAGGGUAUUUUUGAUUUUUUUUUUCUUCUGGUGGGGGCAAAAAAAUGACUGUUUGACAAAGGCCUUAACAUUUUCAUGUGAAGGAACCUGCCAUGUGUCUACCCAUUGUGCCAAGUUUCUCAGUUUCUGAUUUUGUGAUCAGUGAAUACAAGAUAGAAACAUUUCUUUCACUGUUUGAUGUCAUAUUUGUUAGUAA